AUGGAAACAAUAUCCCCUCAAUCAUAUCCUUCUUUUCCUCGAAUGCAUGAAGGAAAGUGUAGAGUUAAGGGUUGUAAUUGCAACAGGUUUGAAGGAAUGACUGAUUUACCUGAUGAGAGAUGUAGUAAUUGUUUUCAUUCGAUUGAAGCACAUACAUUACCAGUAGAAUUAUUUAACAAUAUUAAAUGUGAUAAACCAACUAUAUUAACAACUCCAAGAGAAGUAUAUCGUAAGAAAAUUGCAAUGGAAUUACUAACAACUGAACGUACAUAUGUAAGAAUGUUAAUGACGUGUUUAAGAUGUUACGCAGAUCCAUUACAGUCAUGUGAACCACCAUUAUUACCACCAACAUUAUACAAAUCUAUAUUUUUAUUUUAUAGAGAUAUUGUUCGUGUUAAUUUAGUAUUUCUACAAUCACUUGAGGAUUUAGUUGAGAAGAAUCAAUUAGUUUCUGGACUAUCAUCAGUCUUUCUUGGUACACUGCCAUACCUACGAGUUUAUAGAAUGUUUGUUGGAAAUAACUCUGUUGGUUUACAAGCAGUUGAACAAGCUGAACAUAUGAAAGAUGUAGUUAAAUUACUACAUCAUUGUAGUAAAUACGGAUAUGAAGGUGAGACUGUACAACCAUUACGGAGUUAUUUAAUUUUACCAAUACAAAGAAUCCCUCGUUAUAAUUUAUUAUUAAGUGAUUUCUUAAAACACACAGAUAGAAACGAUCCUUUGUUUGAAGAAACAACAGCAUUAGUUGGGUCUUUGAAGUCACUUGCUAAAGAAAUUAAUGAUGAAGUUAAACUUCAAGAUAAUAGAAGAAAGUUACUAGCAAUAAAAAAGAAGUUUUGUGAAGGUCCUUAUCAUCUUACGUUAGUUGAAGCACAUAGAUAUAUUAUGAGAGAAGGUAUUUUAUUCAAAUUAAGUAAAACAAAACCAAAGAAACGUUAUUUUUAUUUGUUUAAUGAUAUUUUAGUUUAUGGAAGAAUGCAACUACAGUUGUUUUAUCCUAAUUUGUAUUUACGACUAAAUUCAGUACAUAUAGAGGAUGGGUUACAACCAAAUACUUUUAAUCUCUUAUCUCCUUUCAAGUCUUUUACUGUUAUUUGUUCUUCUAUAGAAGAACGCAAUACUUGGGCUAAUGAUCUUAAAUCAGCUAUUCAAAAAGAGUCUGAUAAAAAAUUUUCCAAAAAUAUUGAUACUGUCGGUUUUGAUGCUCCUUUAUAUCAACCAUUUAAUGAAGCAACUUUAUGUUUUAUUUGUAAAAGGAAGUUUGGAAUAUUUUGUUUUAAAUAUCAUUGUGAAAGGUGUGGGUUUGUUGUUUGUGAUUCAUGUUCAAAAAAUAGAAAGAUUGUUCCUCCUAAUCCUGUUCCUCAAAGAAUUUGUAAUUUUUGUGUUCGUUCAGCUGAUAGAAAUAUUGAAGUGUUUAAGGGUCUUAGAAAGAGGUCUAAACAAGAACGUGCUCGGUUGGCUUUAGCUUUAUUAGAAUAA